UUACUGACAAUUGUGUAUCUGUUUUGAUAGUUUGGCAAAUCAAGGCAACUAUCGGUACACAUUAAUCCUAGCCAAUAAUAAUGGAAUUUAUGCCUUCCUAUUCCUUAUUCUUCGUAUCUUUAAAACUCUGGACGGAUGGACGGCCUGCACACAGUGAGAUUUUUUCUAAUGGUCUCAUGAAGAAUGGAAACUGGACCACUGACAAACUUUCCAGAUGCGACAGAGUGCAUACAGUCCCCAUCGACAUCAACUCUUGAUGGCGCGGUGGCAGGAUCAACAGCAGGCACACAGUCUGUUAUUGAAGGGAACCAACACCAGGACAUUCACUCCACACUGUCGCCAACACAAGAUGGUGCUGUAAUAGAAGGGAGUCAACAGCAGGGGAGACAACCCAACCCUUCCUCAACACAAGAUGAUGCUUUGGCCUUACCAUCAACAGACACUCCGGUGGUAAGAAAAUGGAGUCAACGGCAGGGUAUGCAAUUCAACCCUUCCUCAACACAAGAAGGUGUUAUGGCCUUACAACGAACAGACCCUCCGGCGGUAAUGGAGGAGAACCAGCGACAGGGAAUUCAAUCCAGUUCUCCAAUAACACACAACUACAUCGGUUGUUCUGUAUCCCAGUAUGAUCUGUCCAACUCAUCUCACACUUCAUUGGGGAAUCCCGGACAUCGUGGCUGUGUAUCACAAGCAUCUCUUAGCAUCAGGAUCAAGCAGCUGAAUGAAGUGUUUGAGGGAAUUCACACACUCCACACAGCAGAAGAACUCCUGAAAAAAACACAACCAUGUGGCAGUUUGUGGAGCUCCUGGCGAUGGGAAAACAAGCAUUGCUCUCAAGAUAUGUGAGAAAUAUCUGCAAAAGAAAUAUGAAGUUGUGUUUGUUGAAAAUCUUGAAGAGUUUCAAGUAGAUACAAUAAUUCAACGACAGUGUGACAUGCUGAUUGUGUUUGAUGAUAUGUUUGGUUCUGUAGCAUUUCCAUCCUAUCUGCAGAAAAUCAAGAAAGUGUUGACCGCCCUGGCUGAUGAUAUAGUAAACAUCUCAGUCCAGAAGGAGCAACAGGACAAGAGGAAGAGAGAGCUGAAAAAAUUGAAUGCAGACAAGAAGAAUGAGACUUUAGGUGAUGAUGAUUCAAAAGCCUCUACAAACUCCGCUUCAUCUUCACAUCUAGAACAUACAACUGGAAUGAAGGAUGUAACAGACUUCACCAGUUUAAAAUUAACCUCUUCAACCCUGUGAGUGUUAUUGAUAUGACCACAACUACUCUGACUACUAAGGAAAAGGAAUCUAUAAUAAAUUCCUUCUGGAAAAGAAAUCACAUGUUUGAUAUCUCCAGUCAGGACAAGAACACAAUUACACAGUUACAUGAGAACGUGUUUGGGUUUCCACUCAUCUGUCAACUUUACUGUACCAACCCAGCCUUCCAGAUACACAAAAUCACUUACUUCUUUCAGAACCCUGUGUCCUAUCUUAGAGGUGACCUUGACACCAUUAUCCGUGAAGGUAGCAGCAGAUCAGCAGCUCUCGUUCUCCUCGUCCUGUGUGGGGGGAAGUUGGACCUUGUCUCCUUCAAGUCGGGGACAAAAUGUGCAGCAUUGUUUCAGGUUGUAAAGGAGGAGAUAGCGUCUUGCAAUCGUACAGACAUCGGUAAGGAGAUCCGCAACUUUAUCGGCACCUACUGUACAGUGGAGAAUCAUGUUGCCUCCUUCUCUCAUCCAUCCAUCCACGACGCUGCAGCAUGUGCUUUGGGCCAUCUCAAUGAAGAGUUGUUACUGGAACAUUGUUCUCUGCAGUUGCUAUAUGAAAGAGUCAGACUUAACAGGGAUGCCAGCUUUCAGUCAACCCACACUGAUGAUGUCACAAACAUGAUCUACAUCACUUCCAGUCUACAUCCUUUAGUGAUCUCCAGACUGGUGCAAGGUGUCCGAGAAGGGUGUUUCAGAUGGACAGUUGGCCACUCUAUAUUCAGCAACGUCCAAAUAGCCUCCUCCUUCUUGACACAAAUAAUGCCAGACCUGCCCGAGAUUGUUCACAGAAAAGAUACGAAAUCCGGUGAAUGCUUUCUGUAUUGGGUCUCAGUUUCAACUAACCAUUCACUGUUUGAACACUCGGUGUCACUGAUGUGUAGAGAGACGUACCUUUCAAAUUCUAUUGUCACUGACUUCUACGAUAGUAUCAUAGGCUGUAUACAGAGUGGCAAUCUACUGUAUCUUCAACGUACUGCUGCUGCACUCAAACAGCUUGACAGUUUUGAUGUUGACAGGAGGACAAAAGACCACAAAACACUGCUGAUGGUUGCUGCUGAGGCAGGACAGUUGGAUGUGUUCAACUUCCUACUGAAAGAGGGAGCUGAUGUUUCAGCGACAGACAAUCGACAUUGCAAUUGUCUUCAUUUUUCAUGUAAAUCAGGAAGCAAAGAUAUAGUAAACGUUCUCAUUAAACAGUCUCAACAUCUGAUCAAUGUUGGUGACGAAGAUGGAGUUACUCCCGCUAUUUUAUGUGCUGAAUCAGGGCAGGUGGAAAUCCUCAAACUUCUUGUUUCGCACAAAGCAGAUUUAACUAACACGACUGAGUAUGCCAAGAUAAACUCUUUUCACAUAGGUUGCAGCAAAGGUCAUGUAUCAGUUGUAAAAUAUUUGCUGACGUGUGAAAUCUUAAAGCUAGACAUGCGAGGAGGAAGGAAGGAUAAAACAGCAGUGAUGUUGGCAGCUUCAAGAGGACUCUAUGAUGUAUACAAUCUUCUUGUGUCGGAGGGAGCUGAUCUGUCACUGACUGAUUCAGACAACAGUGACUGCUUUAUGUUGGCAUGUAAGGGAGGUAACAUGUCUAUAGAGAAACACCUCCUUUCCUUGGAAACAUUUGACAUCAACAAGCAAGGGGGAGCUUAUUGUCGGUCAGCAGUUAUGAUGGCAGCUUCAAGAGGACACUAUGAUGUAUACAAUCUUCUUGUGUCGAAGGGAGCUGAUCUGUCACUGACUGAUUCAGACAACGAUGACUGCUUGAUGAUGGCAUGUAUGGGAGGUAACAUGUCUAUAGUGAAACAUCUCCUUUCUUUGGAAACAUUUGAUAUCAACAGGCAAUGGGGGAUGUUUUAUCAAUCAGCAGUUAUGGUGGCAGCUUCAAGAGGACACGAUGAUGUAUACAAUCUUCUUGUGUCGGAGGGAGCUGAUCUGUCACUGACUGAUAUAUCCAACAGUGACUGCUUUAUGUUGGCAUGUCAGGAAGGUAAAAUGUCUAUAGUGAAACACCUCCUUUCCUUGGAAACAUUUGACAUCAACAGGCAAGGGGGAAAUUAUGGUAAGUCAGCAGUUAUGAUGGCAGCUGCAAGAGGAUACUAUGAUGUAUACAAUCUUCUUGUUUCGGAGGGAGCUGAUCUGUCACUGACUGAUACAAACAACAGUGACUGCUUGAUGUUGGCAUGUGGGGCAGGUGACAUGUCUAUAGUGAAACAUGUCCUUUCCUUGGAAACAUUUGACAUCAACAGGCAAAGGGGAGCUGAUGGUCAGUCAGCAGUUAUGAUGGCAGCUGCAAGAGGAUACUAUGAUAUAUACAAUCUCCUUGUGUCGGAGGGAGCUGAUCUGUCACUGACUGAUACAGACAACAGUGACUGCUUGAUGUUGGCAUGUUGGGGAGGUAACAUGUCUAUAGUGAAACAUCUCCUUUCACUGGAAACAUUUGACAUCAACAGGCAAAGGGGAGCUGAUGGUCAGUCAGGAGUUAUGAUAGCAGCUUCAAGAGGACACUAUGAUGUAUACAAUCUUCUUGUGUCGGAGGGAACUGAUCUGUCAAUGACUGAUAAAUGCAACAGUGACUGCUUGAUAUUGGCAUGUGAGGGAGGUAACAUGUCUAUAGUGAAACACCUCCUUUCAUUGGAAACAUUUGACAUCAACAGGCAAAGGGGAGCUGAUGGUCAGUCAGCAGUUAUGAUGGCAGCUUCAAGAGGACACUAUGAUGUAUACAAUCUUCUUGUGUCGGAGGGAGCUGAUCUGUCACUGACUGAUACAAACAACAGUGACUGCUUUAUGUUGGCAUGUAAGGGAGGUAAAAUGUCCAUAGUGAAACAUCUCCUUUCUUUGGAAACAUUUGACAUCAACAGGCAAGAGAGUAUGUUCUGCGAAUCAGCUGUUAUGAUGGCAGCUGCAACAGGAUACUAUGAUAUAUACAAUCUCCUUGUGUCGGAGGGAGCUGAUCUGUCACUGACUGAUAAAUACAACAGAGACUGCUUGAUGUUGGCAUAUGAGCGAAGUAGCAUGUCUAUAGUGAAACAUCUCCUUUCCUUGGAAACACUUGACAUCAACAGGCAAGGGGCAACUAAUGGUCAGUCAGCAGUUAUGAUGGCAGCUUCAAGAGGACACUAUGAUGUAUACAAUCUUCUUGUGUCGAAGGGAGCUGAUCUGUCAAUGACUGACACAAACAACAGUGACUGCUUUAUGUUGGCAUGUGAGGGAGGUAACAUGUCUAUAGUGAAACAUCUCCUUUCCUUGAAAACAUUUGGCAUCAACAGGCAAUGGGGGAUUAGCUAUCAAUCAGCAGUUAUGGUGGCAGCUUCAAGAGGACACUAUGCUGUAUACAAUCUUCUUGUGUCGGAGGGAGCUGAUCUGUCACUGACUGCUACAGACAACAGUGACUGCUUGAUGUUGGCAUGUAGGGGAAGUGACAUGUCUAUAGUGAAACAUCUCCUUUCCUUGGAAACAUUUGACAUCAACAGGCAAAGGGGAGCUGAUGGUCAGUCAGCAGUUAUGAUGGCAGCUUCAAGUGGACUCUAUGAUGUAUACAAUCUUCUUGUGUCGGAGGGAGCUGAUCUGUCACUGACUGAUAAAUACAACAGUGACUGCUUGUUGUUGGCAAGUAGGGGAGGUAAAAUGUCUAUAGUGAAACAUCUCCUUUCCUUGGAAACAUUUGACAUCAACAGGCAAAGGGGGGCUGAUGGUAAGUCAGCAGUUAUGAUGGCAGCUGCAAGAGGAUACUGUGAUGUAUACAAUCUUCUUGUGUCGGAGGGAGCUGAUCUGUCACUGACUGAUACAUACAACAGUGACUGCUUGAUGUCGGCAUGUGGGGGAGGUAACAUGUCUAUAGUGAAACAUCUCCUUUCCUUGGAAACAUUUGACAUCAACAGGCAAAGGGGAGCUGAUGGUCAGUCAGCAGUUAUGAUGGCAGCUUCAAGAGGACUGUAUGAUGUAUACAAUCUUCUUGUGUCGGAGGGAGCUGAUCUGUCACUGACUGAUAAAUACAACAGUGACUGCUUGAUGAUGGCAUGUGGGGGAGGUAACAUGUCUAUAGUGAAACAUCUCCUUUCCUUGGAAACAUUUGACAUCAACAGGCAAAGGGGAGCUGAUGGUCAGUCAGCAGUUAUGAUGGCAGCUUCAAGAGGACACUAUGAUGUAUACAAUCUUCUUGUGUCGAAGGGAGCUGAUCUGUCACUGACUGAUACAUACAACAGUGACUGCUUGAUGUCGGCAAGUUGGGGAGGUAACAUGUCUAUAGUGAAACAUCUCCUUUCCUUGGAAACAUUUGACAUCAACAGGCAAAGGGGAGCUGAUGGUCAGUCAGCAGUUAUGAUGGCAGCUUCAAGAGGACUGUAUCAUGUAUACAAACUUCUUGUGUCGGAGGGAGCUGAUCUGUCACUGACUGAUAAAUACAACAGUGACUGCUUGAUGUUGGCAAGUAGGGGAGGUAAAAGGUCUAUAGUGAAACAUCUCCUUUCCUUGGAAACAUUUGACAUCAACAGGCAAAGGGGAGCUGAUGGUCAGUCAGCAGUUAUGAUGGCAGCUUCAAGAGGACACUAUGAUGUAUACAAUCUUCUUGUGUCGAAGGGAGCUGAUCUGUCACUGACUGAUACAUACAACAGUGACUGCUUGAUGUCGGCAAGUUGGGGAGGUAACAUGUCUAUAGUGAAACACCUCCUUUCCUUGGAAACAUUUGACAUCAACAGGCAAAGGGGAGCUGAUGGUCAGUCAGCAGUUAUGAUGGCAGCCUCAAGAGGACACGAUGAUGUAUACAAUCUUCUUGUGUCGGAGGGAGCUGAUCUGUCACUGACUGAUAAAUACAACAGAGACUGCUUGAUGUUGGCAUAUGAGGCAAGUAGCAUGUCUAUAGUGGAACAUCUCCUUUCAUUGGAAACAUUUGUCAUCAACAGGCAAGGGGGAGCUGAUGGUCAGUCAGCAGUUAUGAUGGCAGCUUCAAGAGGACACUAUGAUGUAUACAAUCUUCUUGUGUCGAAGGGAGCUGAUCUGUCAAUGACUGAUACAUACAACAGUGACUGCUUUAUGUUGGCAUGUGAGGGAGGUAACAUGUCUAUAGUGAAACAUCUCCUUUCCUUGAAAACAUUUGACAUCAACAGGCAAGGGGAUGCUGAUGGUCAGUCAGCAGUUAUGAUGGCAGCUUCAAAAGGACACUAUGAUGUAUACAAUCUUCUUGUGUCGGAGGGAGCUGAUCUGUCACUGACUGAUAAAUACAACAGUGACUGCUUGAUAUUGGCAUGUGGGGGAGGUAACAUGUCUAUAGUGAAACACCUCCUUUCCUUGGAAACAUUUGACAUCAACAGGCAAGGGGAUGCUGAUGGUCAGUCAGCAGUUAUGAUGGCAGCUUCAAAAGGACACUAUGAUGUAUACAAUCUUCUUGUGUCGGAGGGAGCUGAUCUGUCACUGACUGAUAAAUACAACAGUGACUGCUUGAUGUUGGCAUGUGGGAGAGGUAACAUGUCUAUAGUGAAACAUCUCCUUUCAUUGGAAACAUUUGACAUCAACAGGCAAGGGGAUGCUGAUGGUCAGUCAGCAGUUAUGAUGGCAGCUUCAAAGGGACACUAUGAUGUAUACAAUCUUCUUGUGUCGGAGGGAGCUGAUCUGUCACUGACUGAUACAGGCAACAGUGACUGCUUGAUGUUGGCAUGUUACGGAGAUAACAUGUCUAUAGUGAAACACCUCCUUUCCUUGAAACAAUUCGGCCAGGGUCAACGGGGAUUAGAGAAGUAUGUCUCUAUUGCAGAAAGAUGCCUCAACAAAGCCAUUGUGAAUCUUCUAAGGUCCUCUUCAUCAUGAUGAUAGUUGCCCCGGACUGAAGACUGAACGUUGUGAACAUGGUGUCUGAACAGUUGUAUGACUGAUAUAUAACUGGCACUGCUCAAGCAUGUAUAUAACAUGUUAUGAUGACUCCUGAAGAGAAUACAUAUCUGUGCUACUACGAAAGUUGAUAAAUCAAUAUUUUGUGUUUCAGUGUAACUACAGAGAUUUAAAGUUACAAUAGUCAAUGUGUGUUACAAAUCAUACCAAUUGCUUAUUUUUUGCUAUUUGCUACGUUACUGUUUUUAAGUAGAAAUGUCACCCGAGAAUGUGUUCAUUAUUUGAUUAUUCUAGGAGUUUUGGUAUUUUUCCAACUGAGACAGGUGGUAUAAAAAAAUUAACCUUUAUGGUACUGUUAAAUAUUAACAUUGGAUGAAUUAAAUUUUAUUAACAGAGUUUUCGACCCAAAACCUGACUAGAAGUAUUUAAUACCAAUCCCUUCCGUAGGCACUACGUCCAACCCUGACCUCGGAGAAAGUUUGUAAGCUGCUUGGUUCUUCUCACUUUUAUCCUACACUAAUAUUGUAAUGUUUCACAAAUACUGUUUAAUGAAGAUUUAGAUUAGGCCGCUGGGGGGUAUUCCUCCGUUGGUAGAUCAUCAAGUGGCAUAAGUGUUAGUCUUGCAUCAGUCAGUCUCUGUAUCUUCGCUUUUCGGUAAACAUUCACAAAAUGAUACAUAUGUUAUAUUUGGGAUUACACUUUCUCAGUAAAGUACAGAUUUGGGAUUCGAACCCACACCCUCAAAAUCAGCAAUCCCAGUUCAUCAAUAAUAUGGUCUGGAUUUCCAUUUGCAUAUGUGAUUCGCUACUCUACUAGUAUCGGAAUGAAAGGACGAUAACCUGUGUCGUUUAUUCGGCAACAUUCCACCUGCACCAUCUGAGUCUAUUUCUUUUGACUAUGGUGACAAACAUUACAUCCAUAAACUUUGUAAAUACCCCGGAAGGUCCAUUCAAACGUAUGUACAGUUUAUGCCUUUUGGUGAUUCUAUAUUAUUAUUCUUCUUAUUAAUAUAUUACCGCUUGUUUGUUUCUUUGUUUAUUUUACAUGAUGACAAUGAAGGGUAUAUCAUAAAUUUUGUAUUUAUGGCUAGUAUUGGCUACAACUAAAGUUACUAAAGUUAUGGCCAAAGUCCUUGAUUUAUGCUGGAAGCUGAAGUACUUUAAGUUCCUAUGAUCUAUGGUAAGGUUUUGAUUGCUAGUGUUCUACUGCUCGUAUUUUGUAAAUAUUGAAUGUGAUAUUGAUCGAUGUGUUGAUGAGAAUAUUGUAUUAUUUGAAAUACUUCGUUUAUAGGAUAGCAAAUUGUCUAAGACGUCUCUGUCAGAUGUUCAUCAGCAUAACUGUUAUCUUCACUAUAUGGCUUUGACUGUUCGACAUUAGACUUUCACUCACUCACUCUUUCCAUAUAAGAGUAAACUACGGUUAUAACAAACACGAAGGGGCCGUUUAUUUUACCUCGUUAUAACCAUAGUUCAUUAUAACCGUAUUUCGUGAAUCGUUAUAUGCAUUUCUGCUAAAAUAUGUAAAAAGUGCCGGAAUCCCAAAAAACACAUCAGUUCGUUUUAAGCGUGUUCGUCAUAAGCAUAGUUUACUGUGCGUCAUAACAUCUCUGCAUUCUGUUCAGAGCUCUCCCUGCAUACUGAA